AUUGUAAACCAGAAUUAGUUUGAUACUAUAUUAUAAUGAUUGAAAAGAUAUUACCUAAUCUAAAAUUUUCAAAAUAGCCCACAUAAAAGGGAGAUUCAUUCUGAUUCCUCAACGAACUCCUUUCACCAACUUGAAACAAUGUUUUAAAACACAACACUUUUCAUUUAAAUGCGAGCGAGCAGGGCGAAUUUGGUCCGUGGUCCAGCCACCUUCACCACUCAAGCCAAUGCUCUCCUCAUUAAGAAUUUAACUUCUCAGAAAAGAGAUUUUAAGUCAAAUAUUCGUCUCAUCGCAGUGCCUAUAAUACUUUGUUUAUUACUAGUUUUUCUUCAAAAUUGGGUGAAUAAAGAGUUGGAUAAACCAUGGAACCGAUGUGGCUGCGAAUGUAUUGGAGAAAAUGGUGAUGGAAAAUGUGAACAAGUAUGUGGUAUUCAAUACUCAGAUUUGAACCAAGCCGUUAGCUGUUCAAUUCCUAGUCCACAGGCAUGGCCACCCUUGUUAAAGAUGCCAGAAUCAAUGUAUCGUGCUGUACGAACUGAGUUUAAUUCAUUCGGGGACUUGCCUGAUGAUACAUGUAAAGUAUUGAGUUCUUGUCCGGCUACUAUACUUCUGACAGGAAGUAAUAAGACUCUUGGAGAAAGUAUUGGAAGAAAUAUGUUCAGCGGUGGAUCAGCUCUAGAUUUGUCUGACAUUAGAAAGUUGUUCAGCAGCGGAUCAACUCGAGAUUACUCUGACAUGUUCUAUAGCUUAGCCUAUAAUGUAUUGGGUUCCGAGACACAUGUUAAGUAUGUGAAUUUUCUCGACCCAGCUUUCUUCUCUGACCAGACAAUUUACAAUGUUCGACCGCAGUGUUCUCCUUACUCCACGUUUUCUCUUCCAUUAGAAUUUGGUUCUAUACCUGUUCAGCAAGCGAUAAGUUGUGUAAAAGGUUUACACUUGUGGCGUAAUAAUUCUUAUGAGAUCAAUGAUGAGCUGUAUAAAGGUUACAGGAACGGGAAUCCAGAGGGAAUGACAAACGAGAUAACAGCAGCGUUUGAUUUCCUUAACUCAAAUAGAAAUGGUUUCAAUGUGAGUAUUUGGUAUAACUCUACCUAUAAGAAUGUCAUACGCAAUCAACCAUUGGCAUUGACAAGGGUUCCUCGUUCAGUGAAUUUGGCAUCAAAUGCCUACAUUCAGUUUCUGCUUGGACCUUCUGCAAGAGUGCUGUUUGAGUUUGUCAAAGAAAUGCCCAAACCAGAAACAAAACUCCUCACUCUGGACUUUGCUUCUCUCCUUGGACCACUAUUCUUUACAUGGGUGGUUUCACAACUUUUUCCUGUUGUUUUGAUAGCUCUAGUGUAUGAGAAGCAGCAAAAACUGAGAAUCAUGAUGAAAAUGCAUGGACUUGGGGAUGUUCCCUAUUGGAUGAUUUCUUAUGCUUAUUUUCUGGUCGUAUCUUCUAUAUACAUGUUAUGUUUUGUGAUUUUUGGCUCAUUAGUAGGUAAUGCUACAGCUACUCAGUUGAACUCUAACUGUAAACUGAAGUUGUCUGACAGAAAUUUCCUUUGUUUCUCCUUUUUCCCUUUUGCAGGCUUGAAGUUCUUUUUGCUUAAUGAUUACGCCAUCCAGUUCGUGUUUUACUUCAUCUACAUAAACUUGCAAGAGUCCCUUGCUUUUUUAGUUGCUGCAUUUUUCUCGAAUGUUAAGAUAGCCACAGUCGUUGGCUAUGUAAUGGUGUUUGCAAAUGGACUCUUGUCAGCAUUCCUUUUCCAGUUCUUUCUCCAAGAUGAGUCAUUUCCCAGAGGCUGGAUUAUAGUUAUGGAGCUAUAUCCCGGCUUUUCUCUUUUUCGUGGAUUUUAUGAGUUCGCCCAAUAUGCUUUCAAGGGUAAUUAUCUUGGAACAGAUGGUAUGAGAUGGAAAGAUUUGACUGGUGAAAGAAAUGGGAUGAAGGAGGUCCUAAUAAUAAUGUUGGUGCAGUGGUUCGUUCUUCUCUCCCUUGCUUAUUAUGUUGAUCAGAUCACUACAUCAGCGAAAGAUCCCCUAUUUUUCUUGUGGCACUCCCAAAAGAAGCCUUCACCUUCCUUCAGGAAACAUAGUUUUAGAAGACAGGGGUCUAGAGUUUUCGUACAAACGGAGCAGCCUGAUGUUGCUCAGGAGAGGGAGAGAGUUGAACAGUUGCUCGAAUCAAGUACAAGUCAAGCCAUCAUUUGUGACAAUUUGAAAAAGGUUUAUCCAGGGAGAGAUGGUAACCCUGAGAAAUUUGCAGUGAGAGGAUUGUCACUUGCUUUGCCUCAAGGGGAAUGUUUUGGUAUGCUAGGUCCCAAUGGUGCUGGCAAAACUAGUUUUAUUAACAUGAUGAUUGGGCUCAUAAAACCAAGCUCUGGUACUGCAUAUGCUCAAGGUAUGGAUAUACGAACAGACAUGGAUAUGAUAUACAGCAACAUGGGUGUGUGUCCGCAGCAUGACUUACUUUGGGAAAAGUUAACAGGAAGGGAACACCUACUUUUCUAUGGAAGGCUAAAAAAUCUUAAAGGAGCAGACUUGACACAAGCAGUUGAAGAAUCUCUUAAGAGUGUCAACUUGUUUCAUGGAGGCGUUGCUGACAAGCGAGCUGGUAAAUACAGUGGAGGAAUGAAGAGGAGGCUAAGUGUUGCUAUUUCACUGAUUGGAGAUCCCAAGGUUGUCUACAUGGAUGAGCCCAGCACUGGACUGGAUCCAUCUUCACGAAGUAAUUUGUGGAAUGUCGUCAAACGUGCAAAGCAAGAUAGAGCAAUUAUUCUCACCACUCAUUCAAUGGAAGAAGCAGAGCAUCUAUGUGAUCGAUUAGGAAUAUUUGUAGAUGGCAGCUUGCAGUGCAUAGGAAAUCCCAAAGAGUUGAAGGCAAGAUAUGGAGGGUCUUAUGUGUUGACGAUGACAACAUCAUCAGAUAACGAGGAGGAAGUGGAGCACAUGGUGCGACGCCUAUCCCCAAAUGCCAACAAGAUAUACCAUAUAUCGGGGACACAGAAGUUUGAGUUGCCAAAGCAAGAGGUUAAAAUUGCACAUGUAUUUCAAACUGUUGAAAAAGCAAAGAGUAGAUUCACUGUUUAUGCUUGGGGUCUGGCUGAUACAACUUUGGAGGAUGUGUUUAUCAAGGUUGCUCGUAGUGCUCAUGCUUUCAACGUUCUCUCUUGACGUCCAUGAUCAAAAACAAUCUAUAAUACAUAUUUAACUUCGGAAUUGUUUAUAAUAUCAUAUAUAUUUACAAUAAAUUAAGAGCAUUUAGAACUAAAUACAAGUUGUUGCAACUUGCAAGG